AUGGUUCAAGAGGCUUGUGAAAAUUAUGGUUGCUUUGAAAUAGAGUAUGAUAAGAUACCUCCGCAGUUGAGAGCUGAAACCUUCUCUGUGUCAAGGCAACUUUUCAGCCUUCCACUUGAGAAAAAGAAGAACCUUAAUCCAAAGCCUUACCAGGGUUACCUUGCACCAAGUGUCCGGGCUCCGUUGUAUGAGAGCUUUGGCCUAGAAAAUGCCUCCAACUAUGAAUCCCUUAGAAGCACUGCCAUUUCUAUGAUGAAGCAGCUCGAUGAGCUGAAAGAUAUGAUUAACUUGAUGAUUCUUGAUAGUUAUGGGGGAGGGAAAUCAAAUUCGACUUUGCAGUCUAAGACACUGCUAAGGAUAAUGAAAUACCUGGCACCUCCUUCGGAGGACUACACCCUGGCGCUCCCGGCUCACACUGACAAGGGAUUGGGCACAAUUCUUUGUGAUGAUCAUGUUUCAGGUCUUGAAGUCGAAACAAAGGAUAGGCAAUGGGUCAAGUUGUCUCUAUCUCCUCGUUCCUGCGUCUUUCUUGUUGCAGAUUCCCUCAUGGCAUGGAGCAAUGGAAGUAUGCAUUCUGUGAAGCAUCUAGGAGUAUUCGCAGUUCCAUUGGAGGGUUCCAUCAUUAAGGCACAAAAGGAGCUAAUAGAUGAAGAACAUCCCCAAAUUCUUAAAGAUUUUGAUUAUACAGAUUUUAGCAAGUUCUUCGCUUCGGAAAAAGGAAGGGUUAUUGACCCAGAAAAGCAAGUUUUCGCAUAUGCUGGAAUUAGCACUUGAUAUGUUAAUUACCAAAGAGCUUACAAAUUUGUAUCUGCAGUCUGCAGACCUUAUGCAGAAUACCAGCAUUAUAAAUAUUUAAAC